CAACCAAGGCGAUGAUGCGGAUGCGAUCGCGGUUGUUUAUUGAUAAAAUCAUGAUUUUUAUAAAUAGCGAAGAACUAAAUUAAAGCUCAUAAAAUGUACGACUUGAAAGCUUGUACAGUUUGUUUCAGUACAAAUGUUAACCUUUACAACAUGGACUCUGGCAUGUUACGGCAGGAAUUCAACUUGAUAUCUGGCCUGAAGACUGCUGACUGCUCCGGUUUGUCCAAAUAUCUGUGUGUCGAGUGUUCAGCGUAUGUGAAACGUUUCGUAAAGUUCCGUAAAAAAUGCCAGCGAGCCCAUUUUACGCUGCGUGAACUCCAGCUAAGGAAUAAGGAGAUCAGCAUACAUAAACUUGAGGCUAUAGACAGGGGGCGCUUGGACCUAAAACCUUCACUAUCCUACAUAGACAUAAAUAGGACAAAUUACGAAGAAGCAUACUCCCAAUGGACCAGAACUAGCCGACUAGGAAUAUACUACGGUGACAUAGUGCCAAUCAUCCACCACAGUACGUACACUACCCAAGUUAUACAUAUACCGAAAAAACAAGAAACAAUACAGCAAGAAGUUAAGGUAGAGGAAGUGCCGCAAACAAGUAUAGAACACCAAGAUUUAGAGCAAUCAAUAUCAAUAGUUAAAGACGAUGAUUACUUUGAUAAUAAUGAUAACAUUAGUGAUAAAAAUUCUGACGAAGAGCCCCCGCCCGCUAAAAAACCUAAAGGUAAAGCAAAGAAAUUAGAACCGGAAAGCUCAAGUUUAGAUGAAGAGUAUGCUAGUAUGGUAGCUAUAUCAGACAAGGAGGCGCAGGCAGCGGUGGAUGUGUACAGGCUGUUUAGUCACGGGACAUUCCGGUGCAAGGUGUGCAAUAAGGGAUAUCAUACUCAGCAGAGGCUGACUGCUCAUUUAAGAAUGCAUGAUCAGCACGUGAGUGGCAACUUCCUGUGUAAGCUGUGCAACUACUAUUACAAGACCGAGUACCUUCUGAAGACUCACACGACUGAGAAGCACAUGUAUAAGUAUGAGUGUAAGAAGUGUAAUGAAGUCAGUUUUGACCGAUUGUCAGCUAAACAGCACUAUAUCUGGGCUCACCUCCAACGAGGCAGGAAGAAGGACGCCAACUGGUACGAGUCGCGGCCCAAAUGGCUGAGCUCCAAGGGCGGCAAGCGGGUUAAGGGCGUGGUCACUAUCCGACCUGUCAGGAAAAUCAACAAGCUACCCCCCGACUUCCCAGUGUACUCGCCCGUGAAACACGAAGAGCAAUACGAGUUGAUAUUGGAACGCAAAACCUCCAGGAACUACUUGGAGGCCGAGUACAAGUGCGAGCUGUGUUAUCGAGGCUUCAGAGCGGUUAAUACCUACAGCAAGCACAUGAGGAAACACGACCCGGCCUACGCGGGGGCAUACUCGUGCGACAUGUGCAAGCUGCACUUCAAGACGCCCCGCAAAGUGUACCGGCACAUGAACAUCACGCACCUCUUCAAAUACUCCUGUCAGAUCUGCAAGUUCGUCUGCUUCAACAAGGGUCAGGCGCAUAUGCACUAUCGUUGGCAUAAAAAUGUCACGUACCAAUGUCCACAUUGCGAAAAAGAAUUCAAGAAAGCGUCGACCCGUUUGACUCACAUCAGGAUAAAGCACCCGUCCACUAACAUUUGCAAUAUGUGCGGUCAUAGCUUCGUCAGUGAAAACGGCCUUUAUUGCCACAAACAACUGGCGCAUAGUACUGAGGAGCGGGACGUAAUGAACGCAAGCAUAGCGGACCCACAAGACCCGUUGUUCUGCGCUGACUGCAACAUACAGUUCCUCAACGAGGCGGCCUUCGCCACUCACCUGGGCAGCUCCAACAAACACGCUACCACUAACUUGUCCAUAGUGAAGCCCGGGCGGCGCUCGGGCGGCGCGGGCGGCGCGCGGCGGCGCGGGCGGCCGCGCUCCUCCGUCGUCAAGUCGGAGGUGCUCAACAACGGCACCGUCACCUCCACCAGCUGCGACUUGUGUGGCGAACAUAUGGCCAACGACGUGCAAGCGCGCAAGCAUUACGCGGAGCAACAUCCGGGCGCGGAGUUCCUCAAGCGGUACAUGUGUGACGUCUGCGGACACACCACCAAGCAAUACGCGAACCUGAUGGUGCACAUGCGCACUCACACCAACGAGAAGCCGUACGAGUGUCCGCACUGCGAGCGCCGGUUCAGCAUGCCGAGCAACCGCGACCGCCAUCUGGUGGUCCACACCGGCGAGAAACGCUACCAGUGUCAGCACUGCAACCGCCGCUUCACGCAGUCCACCGCCGUCAAGCUGCACAUACAGACCGUCCACCUCAAGAUCCCGUACAAGCCGUGGGAGAAGAAAAACAGAAAACGACGCAAGGAGGAACCCAUUCUAGGCCCCGUCAGCUCCGUCAACGUCAAUACCAUGGCUCAAGCAAUGUUGCCACAGCAUAAGCUGCUCUUAGAGACGCAGGGAGACUAUUUGAACGCUUUUAUUAGCUAUACUGAUGAAUAAAUAACU